GCACAGAAAUCAUCAAAUCUCUCUGCUUAUGUGAUCAGAUAAAAAUUGAAGUCACAUGAUGCUUUAAAUUCAAUACAUGAAAUUGUAUACUUAAUUAUUACUGCAAUUAAAACAGUUAAAUGAUACUCCUCUUACAGCGAAAAGCAUCUUCUCUAUAAGGACAACACAUUGCCAGUAUUGCAAUGUUUAAAACAGCAUGUAUUCUCUCCUGAGGCUUCACAGAAGAAUACAGCACAUGGGGACUAGAGUACAUGAUCAUAGCUCCAUUGAAAUCAAGCCCUCUAAUCUCUGCACUGUUUUGACAUGUAAAUCAAAAUGAAACGCUCGGGGCAAAUAAAGCAGUCAGCAUCUGUGUUAGCUAGGCUUUGCCUUUCUGCCCUUUUCAUGCCAGACAUGAGAUGCAGUGCACUCCCAGGAUUAGCCUUUUCCCAGUGGGCUGAUUUACAUCGCACCGAAUGACCCAUAGAAAAGCUUCGUACAUUGUAGUAGCUUGUCACAUGUGACAGAAACUGCAGGCUUUUCUUUCGACAACAAACAUGAAACAUUUGCACCUCCAGCAUUUUUCAUACAAUACUAUACAUGUUAGCAAGUGUACGUGUAAAUUUCAUAAACUGAGCUCUUCCUUUUUUUUUUAAAAUUCAUCUUUCCAUAGAGUUGUACAGCAAGUGACUGAAUAAAACUAAACAAUAAAGCUAAAACACAUGAAAAUUUUGGUCCUGCUGUUCAUGCAUGUAAGAAAGAAUGGCGGAAGAGUCAGAAGACCUAAAAGACUCUGGAAGUCAGAGAAUAUGGACAGAAACAUCCAUCAGGAGAGAGAACAGAUUUCUUGGUAAAUCUCCCAAAGAGAUGAAAAUGACUGUUGCCAGGUGUAAUUCUGCUGAACAUUAUCAGCUUGUCAUAUCAUUUUAUCUAGCCUUGUUCUUGAACUGAAGUAAUCUCGCUGCCACUUUAAAUUAAUCAGAACUCUAUGCAAUUUUGUCUGUCCAUUGAGCACUGCAGAAAUGCAUAAGGCAGAUACUUUUCUCAGAUAUUUGUUCUUUAUUCAGCAAUAUGAAAUGACUGCCUGACUUAAAUGCUGCUUAGCAACUGAAUCUGUCUUCCAAAUGUGCCCUUCUACUGUUUUCAUACACAUGACUAUUCUGCCUCUCAUGAUACAGUUUCAGGUCGAAGGAUGAUGUGUGGGGCUACAGCUGUGACAACUAAACACGAAAAUGAAGUCAGAGUUCCAGGCAUGAGAAGCAUAAAUGUCACCCCCUCUAACUACAGACACUGAGGGAGAAUAUGAUUUUUAGAGAUUGAGCUUUAUAGAGAGUGGAGCUGAUAUGAAAGCUUAAAACACAUAAAUAGGCCAUAGGGAAGAUAUACUAGACUGAAUUGCUAAGGGCCUGAUACUCCAUUGCCUUGCACCUCAUGUGGGCAUUUCUACCUGUGGAAAUUGGGUCUAAAACACUACCAAAUCAGAAUGAUAACAUUAUAUCCCCAUCUAGCACCAAUGACUGCACAACAGGUCACACAAUGGAGAAUCAGGCCAGACUAAAGGUAAGGGAUACAAUUCCUCAGACUGAUCAAUUUGUUAGUCAAUUAGAAUAAAAGUUCCUCAAUGAUACCUAAUAUUUCCUUGAAAAUAAGUAUAAAAGACUUCAUUUUUUAAAAAUGGCUUCUGAGUUUGGUCCUUUAGUUGAUUGUGGGUACAAAAUUCCAGACAUCGUGAACUGCAGGAGAAAAUAAAGAAUUUUAAACAACCAUCUUCCCAUCUGUCCCUGCAAAUCAGGUAACUAGAAGAGGUGUCUAAAUGCUAGCACUUACUCCCGCAUUAAUUAAGAGUGCAAUUUUGUGGGUGCAAAUUAGAGGCCUGGCAUAGCCUACUUUUAAAUGAGGCCCUUUGAUGUUAAAAGUUUGAGAAUUACCAAUUAAUCCCAUGGGUUUUACAGCCAAAAGCAUCUUCUCUGAAAACACAACACACAUAGCCAGUUAAUCUCAAUAAAGUAAAUUACACACUAUGUGCAAAAGCCCCUAUGGUGAAAAGAAGAACAUCAUUUUCCAUUUUAACUGAUUUGGGCCAACAAUACCUCAUUUAGUCACCUCUCUGCUUUGCUCCAUCCCUGGGGAGAUCUUUUGUUUAUCCCGUUUAAUGUUCUGAUGUGGUGUUUUGUGCAACAGUGUUCCCACCUGUGAGAAAUGAGAAGUGUUAUUCUGGUUUCCAUCAUGGGAUAUCUUGGAUGAAAUCCUGGCCACAGUGAAAUCAAUCAGAGUUUUGCCUUUGACUUCCAUGAGGGCAGAAUUUCAUCCCUUUUGUCUGUGAAUGUAUAUAGUGAGACUGUACUUUCCUUUGGGUGAGGUACACUUUUUAACUUGGCUAUACAGCACCAGCCACAUCUAUCACCACACAGAUACACAUGCACACGUGUACAUACAAAAUUUAGUUUCAAGUGUAUUUUGUUUCUAUGUAUGUGUUUCAGAUGCAGUGCUGAGCUACCUCAUGGGUCCAAGAUUUCUGGUUUAUACAAGCUGUGCACUUUCUAUAUGGGGAGAUCGAAUGUGGCACUUUGCCAUGUCUGUAUUCCUGAUAGAAUUGUAUGGACAUAAUCUCCUUCUAACAGCUGUUUUUGGGUUAGUGGUGGCUGGCUCUGUACUGAUGUUUGGGGCUUUAAUUGGAGAUUGGAUUGACAGAAAACCAAGAAAUAAAGUUGCUCAUGCAUCGCUGUUCAUUCAGAACUCCUCUGUCACUGCCUGCUGCGUAGUACUGAUGUUGGUAUUCUCUUACAAAACCGAGAUUGAGCAAAUGUGGCACGGCUGGUUUACUGUGUUCUGUUAUGCAGUGGUAAUCAUCUUAGCUGAUCUGGCAAACCUGGCAAGCACAGCGCUGACAAUAACCAUUCAGAAAGACUGGAUUGUGGUCAUCACAGGUGAUAACAGAGGCCAACUGGCUGGAAUGAAUGCAGCUAUAAGAAGAAUGGAUCAAGUCAUAAAUAUCUUCGCUCCUCUGUCUGUGGGGCAGGUUAUGACCUGGGCCUCUAAUGUCAUUGGCUGUGGAUUUAUUCUUGGAUGGAACUUGAUCUCUCUUCUGGUAGAAUUUAUAUUCCUAUCCAGGGUGUAUCAACUAGUGCCUCCUUUGGCUGUAAAACCUCAACAGAAUGCAGGAGAAUAUGCUAUAGAAAGACAAGUGGAACUUACAGAUGUGCCAGGUAAGUAGUGUUCAAUAGGAGAACAGCCUCCCACCAACGUUUUAAAAAUGUAUUACUAUUGAAAUACAGGCUUGCAUCCAAAAUGUUGAAUUACACAUGAAAUAAUUAGAGUUCUAGAGGGUAUCCAAUGAGUCAGUCCACAGGAACUGUAUGAAGAUAAUAAAAUUACUAUAAAAAGAAAAAAGAGAAGCCAAGUAGCAAAUAUGCGGGGGUCAAUUCUCCAAAUCCAGGUACUAGGGUGAUUUACAUACACAACUCACAAUGGUGGGUGUGAGAAUAACAGAGCCUCCAUUGUUUAAUACCUUGCCAGGCAGAUUUAAAGACAGUUUAAUGAAUCCAUCUGUCUGCAUUAUGUGCUCGUUGGUAUAGAGCACUAUCCUGCAGCACAUCACUGAACCACUGAUACUUAUUUAGAAUGAUGGUUGUCAUAGCAAUUCAAGACGCUAAAAGAAAAGAAGUCAGUGAAGAAUGAUUUAAUGCAUGUAAUUCCUAAUAUUCAGUUUAUUUUUGCUACUCUUUCUAAAAGAGUAUUGUAUCCCCAGUUGUAUUGUAUCCCCACCAUCUUCCUGUUUUAGUGGUUCUCCAAGGGAUCAAUUCCUGCCUCAUUGUACAUGGCCAUCUCCUACUAAUGACAAUGGAAAUUAUGCAUUAGUACUGUUGCCCAUUUUUGACCUGAACCGCUCAUCAAAGUUUGGGGCCCUUCAGAUGCACGAGUUGGAGAGAGAAAUUGGUGAUAGUCAGGUAUGCAGUUUUAUUUAUAUACAAAGUCCUGUGUCUCUGAACACAGGAGGAAUUGAGUAAAUUGAGUAAAAGGAUCAGUUUAUUACCUUACAGAGUUCAAGUCUCUGUAGCCAACACCAAACCCCAAAGCCUUCUCUCUAGCUUCUUCCAGGGUCACACUGUGCUUACAGGCUCCUGCUUGGCUUUUCUUUCCUUUUUUCCUCUGCCUCUCUCUGUUCUUGUCUGCCAUACCAAUAAUUUGCAGUGUUGUUUCUCACACUCUCAUACACACAUACCAAAACCAAUGCUCAUCCCAAAAGCUUCUCAGCAGGUUCACACGCACCUUUUGUUUUCGGUGGGACUCAUAUUUACAGUGAUGUUAACUGAAGAGUGAGUUCACACCCAUCAACCUCAGUGGGGUUUUACCCCAACCCAUAACGAGGCUUUACCCAGCUCAUACCAGGAGACUAGAUCACUUAUGAGAACAAGAUAACUCCUCUGACAUCGACCUUACUCACUGGAGCUGAGCCUUACUAAUACUAAUCAUCAGAUGCCAUAUCAAUGGGGGGUGAGUCUGUACAGCAGCUAGAGUUGGGACAUAAUACUUCUUGAUGCUUUUAGACAUUUUAAGAAAAAAGACAGUAAAAUCACAAAUUAGGGCAUGUCUACACUGCAAUCUUAAGUCGACCUGUGUUAGGUCCACACUACCCUCCUUCUGUCGGUGAUGUGUGUCCUCCUGGUGACACACUGACUGAAGAGGGGCAGUCUAGGGGGGCUGAGAGCCAGGGAUCAGCUCCAUGCAGCUCUCCACUAGGAACCCAGCUGCUCUCCAGGCUUCUCACCUCCCUACUCCCAGAUGGGAGCAGGGAGAAGCCACCCGGGGUUUCUCACCUCUGGUAGGGAGAUCUGUACCUGGUGUCCAGUGGGCUGCAUUGUUCCCAAUGGGGAGCUGGGACCACAGAGGCAGCAGGGCACCACAGCUGGGCUGUAGCCCAAGCUGGGAGCCUAGGUGACAGCCCAACUUGG